CGAAACACCGUAGAAACAAGAGACGUAUCACUGCGCAUGCUUAAAUUUCGCUGUGUGUGUCCUACGUGAGUCGUUCAUUAGGCACUGGAUUUUGAGUCGUUUACCGAAGUGUUUACUCCCCUGUAGCUGAGUCGCGCGCCAGACCUCGCCAUGUUCCUAACUCUGGCCCUCCUGCGGAAGGGCAUCCCGGGUAAGCAGUGGAUCGGCAAGUACCGGCGCCCGCGGCCCAUCACCUGGCAGAUGAAGCGCAACACGGUGAAGCAGCUGGAGCGCGAGGCGGAGAACGAGUACUGGCUCAGCCGCGCGUACAUGAGCGCAGAGCAGGAGCUGGGCCACGCGGCGGCACGGCGCAGGCGGAUGUGGGAGAGCAUUCGCGAGGAGCGCUUCGUCGCCAGGUUCCCCGAGCACAAGCGACUGGACGACCACUUGAGCCACCUCAACACCACCAAGACGUGGUCCAGCUAGAGACAAUCACGCUGUGCUUAGUGCUCAGAGACUGCUGCUGGGUUUGUGGAGAGUGUGAGGGGAUGGAGAAGGGUUGUCAUGGACACAUGGGUUAUAUGUAUCUGAUCUGUGUGAGGGGGGUGGGGGUUGGGGGAUUUGAAAAUAAAUGUUUCAUUGUGGUUAAUUAUGA